AUGCAAGUUUUCAGGGGUUUUAGAAGUUCGAUAAGACUUCUUGCAAAAAAAGACUAUUAUAGUAUUUUGGGAGUUCCUAAAAAUGCUUCAGAUACUGAUAUUAAGAAAGCUUAUUUUAACCUUGCAAAGCAGUAUCACCCUGACGUAAAUAAAUCUCCUGAUGCGAAGGCUAAAUUUGCUGAGAUUAAUAAUGCAUACGAAACAUUAGGGACACCAGAUAAGCGGAAAACAUACGACGCUACUGGGAUGACAGGAGAUGAACAAGAUCAGGCUAAGCAGGCAGGAUUUGGAGAUUUUGGGGGAUUUGGAGGCUUUAAUCCUUUUGGAUCUGGAUUUGGAGGAGGCGGAGGUAAUCCUUUUGGUGGUGGUCAAGGGUUUUCUAGUUUCGAAGACAUUUUUAGUGAGUUUGAAGGACUUUUUGGUGGCAAGAAAUCACAGAAAUCAGCAAGAGGUGAUGACAUUGUUGUGGGCAUGGAAAUUUCUUUUCUAGAAGCUGUACAAGGAGCGUCAAAGCCACUUGUAGUGACCAAAAAUACAACGUGCGGGACUUGCAAAGGAAAGAAAAUAAAGCCUGGCUCAUCUCCAUCGACAUGUACAAAUUGCGGUGGCAAAGGCCAUGUUCAUUUCCAGCGAGGUCCAAUGUCUAUACAAGUAGCUUGUCAGAAAUGUGGAGGGACAGGAUCGAUCAUAAAAGAAUAUUGCUCAACCUGCCGAGGAUCAGGAAUAACUGCAUCUAAAGUGACAGAAACAGUGAAUAUUCCUGCAGGCGUAAAUUCUGGCCACACCCUCCGAAUGGCUGGCAAAGGCAGCUCUUCUGAGUCUGGAGGACAAGCUGGCGAUAUUCUUAUAAAAGUUACUAUAAAAGACCAUCCAACUUUUCAGCGUGAUGGCUUUGAUAUAAUUUCUCAAGUCCCUAUAUCAAUAUCCCAAGCUAUCCUCGGAUCAAGUGUAGAAGUUGAAACUUUAUAUGGAAAAGUCCAGGUAAAAGUCGAUCCAGGGACAAAUACAGGCGAUACCCACAAAAUUUUAAACCAUGGAGUCCCUCAUCUCCCUCCACAUAAUAGCCAAAAAGGAAGCCAUAUAGUGAAAUUUGUAUUAAAGAUCCCAAAGAAACUUACAGAGAGACAAAGGCAGUUGUUCGAGAUGUUGGCUCAUGAAGGUGUUUAA